ACAACCUGUAAAAUAUUUGUAGGAGUUAAAAUAGGCUCUAAUGUUCCAAUCAUGGCAGAGAGGCCAAAAAGAACUAAACUGAGAACUGAAGCGCCACCUACACCAAAGAGGAGAAGGAGAAGCUCUCUAGCACAGUCCAGCACAGUCCCAGAGGAGAAUUUGUCAACAAAUAUCCAGUCUCUGCCACCAGAGCUGGUGGAAGAGAUCCUGUCCUGGGUGUCGGCCCGAGACAUCAUUUCCUUUGGGUCCACCUGCAGCACUUUCCACCUGCUGAGCCUCAACUCGAUCCUGUGGAAAAAGCUGUACCUAAAGCAGGCCUCAGGAAGACUUCCUGUAGACAAUAUCUCUAACUGGAAACGGAUGGCCAUCUUCAAAUACACCCAGGCCCUGCAUAUCCAGCGUCUGGGCAGCAGUGGCAGUGGACGUGGGAACUUCAACUGGGGUCGCGGCGGGGGUCAGCUGGUGUCCCGUGCCGUGGUGCCCCCCCACGCCCUGGGCUUCCGCCGCGCCCAGCCCACCCGCAACCACCUGCUGCUGUGGGACCACCAGGGCACUCUCUUCCUGCUCCGCAACGCCGUCGUCCCCUCGCCACACGGCCACCUGACCUGGAGACGCGCCGCGCGCUACUCUGUGCUGUGCCAGCAGGCCAAAGAUUUUGCCGUGGACCCCCGCAGCGACAUCUCCCACCGCAUGUUCGUCUACGUCCUCGUGAGCCGCCAGGACGCCGUCCCGGCCCCGAUCGGACCCUUCGCCUCGGCCCCGGCCCCGCAGCGCUGCGACUGCGUGGAGGUCUACCAGCAGGACAACGGCGUCCGAGUGUUCCGCAUGACCUUCCACGCCUCGCUGAUCUUCAACCGGAUCCGCCUCACUGGGACGGAGUUCAACCGGACCCUGCUGCUGCUGACCGAAACUGGGAAGGUGUACGCGCUGUAUGUGAACGAGUCUCAGCUGAGCACCCCCCGCUCCUACACGGUGCAGCUGUCACUCAAGAAGAUCAGCAGCUCCAUGCCCGGCAUGUCAAUCAAGCAGCUGCACACGGGCUUCAACAGCGCUCUGUACCUUACAUCUGAAGGUGCGGUGUACAUCGAGGUGCAUACAGCCGGUGUCCACCGCCAACUGUUUGGCGUCAACGCUGGCUUUGACCCCCAUGACAUUCACGUUCCUAUGCCCAUCUCCAUGCCCAAUAAGGUGGUCAAGUGCUCUCUGAGUCAGACUCACCUCUGCCUGGUGGAUGACUGCGGCCGUCUCUACAUGCAGGGCUGCAACCGCUACGGGCAGCUGGGGACUGGCGAUAAGAUUGACCGCGGCCAGCCUACUAAGGUGACGCUGUCAGUGUCCAUGGGCCUGGUGGACGUGUGGUGUGGACUCAACCACUCCCUCGCUCUGCUCCAGGGGGAGUGCGGCGGCCGGGAGGUCCACGGCUGUGGAUGCGGUGCCGGAGGGCGGCUGCCUGGGUGUCCUAUCGGCAGCGCCGUCUUUGUCAAGCUCAGCGUGCAUGCCCCUCGCAGCACAAAGUCCAUCUGCGCCUCCAAGGACUGCCUGUACCUCCUCUGCACCCACGACACCGCGGAGCCGCCCGUCACCUGGCCCGCGCCGGCCGAGGCCAAGGAGGCCGAGGCCCGGGAGGCGCGCGAGGAGCGGGAGCGCCUGCGCACGCACCUGAGCCUCAUGGAGGACUGUCCCAGCAUGCAGCAGCGGCUGGACCUCCUGCGGGACACCAUCCAGACCCACAUGACCCUCAGCUCCGCGCACAGGGACUUCCUGGAGCAGGCGCUGACCACCAUCGAGCACUCGUCCAGGCCCCAGUCCUCCACCUCCAUGGACCUCUAG